AUGUCCGCCGCCGAGGAUGACAACAACACGACAUCAACACCGCCACCGCCGCUCCGCGUCAACGUGGUGAUCUUAUUCAUGGGAUCCCGGGGGGACCUGCAGCCUUCGAUCGCGAUCGCGAAAGCCCUGCAGCGCUCCGGGGGGCGGUACCGCGUGCGGGUGCGGAUCGCGACGCACCCGCCGUACCGGGCGGCCGUGGAGGCGGCAGGGGUGGGGUUCUACAGCGCCGGGGCGCGGUGCGAUAUCAAGCGGAUGAUGGCGCGGCGGCUGCUUCCGCGGGAGGAGCUGAAGAGGGAGGUGCCGGAGAUUGAGCGGGAGUUUGGGGAGAUGGGGGCGCGGUGGUGGGGGGCUUGUGUUGAUGGCGGAUUCCUCCAAGCCAUGAAGGCCGUGAUCAACACCACCCGCCGCGGCAUGGGCCUCGAGGACUUCUCGCCCGCGUGGUGGCUCUCGCAGUUCAACCGCCUCCGGGUGCCGUGCACAUACCUCUGGUCGCCGCUGCUGCUGCCCAAACCGUCCGACUGGGCCUCCAACAUCUCCGUCGCGGGGUUUGCCUUCGAAGACGUCUCUGAAGGUGACUUUGUCCCGCCCGCUGAUUUAGUCAAGUUUCUCGAGAAGGGCCCGCAGCCGCCGGUGUAUGUCGGCUUCGGGAGCAUGACCUUCGCCAACGCGGCGGACGUGUUUGGCGUCGUGAGGGCCGUGGUGAGGGAGAUGGGGCUCCGGGCGGUUGUGUGUAGGGGGUGGAGCGGGGUUGUGAUGGACGAGGGUGUGGGUGAGAAGGGGGAGGAGGAGGGUGAUGUGUUUGUGGUGGAUGAUGUACCGCAUGCGUGGCUUUUCCCGAGGGUUAGAGCGGUGGUGUGCCAUGGCGGCGCCGGGACGGUUGCGAUGGCCCUGCGGUGCGGACGGCCGACGCUGGUUGUGCCUGUGGCCGGGGACCAGCCGUUCUGGGGCAGCCGGGUGGCGGAGGCUGGGUGUGGGCCGGCGGUCGGGUUUGGCAUUGCGGAGAUGACGAAGGAUGGGUUAUGGGGGAAGCUUGGGGAGCUACUGGAGGAAAGGUAUGCGAUUGCGGCGGGGGAGUUUGGGAGGCGGGUGAGGGCGGAGAGGGAUGGCGUCGAGGGGUUUAGGGAGGAUCUGGAGAGGAGUUUGGCGGUGUAUGAGGGCUUGAGGUGUGCGGUGCUGAAGGAUAGGAUUGGUGUUUGGAGGGUUGGGGGCGUGUUGGUGAGUGCUGUUGCUGCAGAGGUGUUGAUGAGGGAGGGGCGGGUGAAGAGGGAGGAGUUGAGGGCGGUGGAGGCUGUGAGAUGGGGGGACCUGGUUGCGCCUGGGGAUCCUGUGAGUGGGCUUGUGAUGGGGGUGAAGGGGGUUGGGAGAGGUGUGAGGAGGGAUCUGCAGGAGAAGGCUUGGGCGUUUGUGGUGCUUCAUAUUCUCAGAGCGCCGUUGAUGAUCUUCGCGGGGCUCACGUUUGGGAUGUUCAACUUCGUUGACUUUAUUCUAUGGGAGAUGGCUUCCCCCACUGAGCCGAAGCUCUAUGCUAGCAACCCCAGGUUGUAUAGUUACGGACAGAUGCUGGGCUUCUUGGUGGCUGCGCCUUGGAAAGAGUUGCAGAGCAUUGCAUAUCAACCGGCAGAGCUGAAGAAAGGGGGAAGAAGGCUUGGGAGAGUCAUCCUGGAGGCACCGCUGGCCAUUCUGAGAGUCUUGGUAGCACUUGUCAACAUUAUCGUCGGGUUCGUUGGCAUCAGUUUGCGGAUGGCUGACCUAGCGUGUUCAAAAUCAAUGGGCGAGAGGGAUGACAGAGACGUUGUGGCUGAAGCCAGGUUACGGCACGGCAGGAUCGAGGCCCAAGAACUCGCGAUCGACAGAACCGAGGAGGGCGGUGACUUGACAGUUGAAGUUCUCCGGGCAUGGGAUGCAAAGUCAUGA